CAAACGCUCACACGGUCAUAAACGCGAGUUCGUGGGAUACUUCAUUUCACAGCGGGCGGACGCGGGAUGGAUUGUUUUGUGUGAUUUGUUUCGCCUGAAGGAUUUAAGAGAAGCUCUGUAAGGGUUAAAGAGAAACAGAAGGAUACACGUUGACAAAAGACCCCUAUAUGAGGCUUCGAAAGUGAAGAGAGAAAACUAGUAAUAAAAGCCAUAAGAUGGACCUGAAGCUACUUUUCAUAUCAACAUUAUUAGGGAUGAUUUGUUGCGGCCGUGCACAGCAAGAGGGCAACGAGUGCAUCAAAGCCAACGCGUUAUCCUGCGGCGAGUGCAUACAAGUGGGGGCUAAAUGUGGAUGGUGCACUGAUACCGAGUUUCUGAAACAGGGAGAGCCGACGUCGGCGCGCUGCGAUGAACUGGAGUCGCUCAAGAAAAGAGGCUGUUCGAACACCAAGAUCGAAAACCCUCACGGCAGCCAGAAGAUCCUGAAGAACAAAGCAGUGACCCACCGCAAGAAAGGAGCGGAGAAGCUUCGACCCGAGGAUAUCACACAGAUCCAGCCUCAGAAACUCAGCCUCAAACUCAGAUCUGGGGAACCUCAAAAUAUCAAGCUGAAGUUCAAGAGGGCUGAAGACUAUCCCAUAGACCUGUACUACCUGAUGGACUUGUCCUACUCCAUGAAGGACGACCUGGAGAACGUCAAGAAUCUCGGGACUAGUUUGAUGAAGGAAAUGUCCAAGAUCACCUCAGAUUUCAGGAUAGGUUUCGGCUCUUUCGUGGAGAAGACGGUGAUGCCGUACAUCAGCACGACUCCAGCCAAGCUCCUGAACCCCUGCACUGGGGACCAGAACUGCACCAGUCCCUUCAGCUACAAGAACGUGCUGAAACUCACCAGCAACGGCCAGCAGUUCAACAGUCUGGUGGGGAAACAGCAGAUAUCUGGAAACCUCGACUCUCCCGAGGGAGGGUUUGAUGCCAUCAUGCAGGUUGCCGUCUGUGGAAACCACAUUGGCUGGAGAAAUGUCACCCGUUUGUUGGUGUUCUCUACUGACGCAGGUUUUCAUUUUGCCGGAGAUGGCAAACUCGGUGGAAUCGUGCUUCCCAAUGAUGGGAAAUGCCACUUAAAAGACGGCAUGUACACGAUGAGCCAUUAUUAUGAUUACCCCUCCAUCGCCCACCUAGUUCAAAAACUGAGUGAAAAUAACAUCCAGACCAUCUUCGCAGUUACAGAAGAGUUUCAGCCGGUUUACAAAGAACUCAAAAACCUGAUUCCAAAGUCUGCAGUGGGAACGCUUUCAGCAAACUCCAGCAAUGUUAUCAAUCUUAUUAUUGAUGCAUACAAUUCUCUUUCCUCAGAGGUGAUCCUGGAGAACAGCAAGCUUCCCGAGGGAGUGACGAUCAGCUAUCAGUCACACUGUAAGAAUGGACUCGUGAAUGAGGGAGAGAAUGGGCGGAAGUGCUCUAACAUCUCCAUCGGGGACGAGGUGUCGUUCAACAUUAAUAUCACAGCUCAAGGCUGUCCCAAACAAGGCAAACCGGAAACCAUUAAGAUCAAGCCUUUGGGCUUUACUGAGGAGGUCGAGAUCGAACUCAACUUUAUUUGCGAGUGUGAUUGUCACAAGAACGGCAUCAAGAAUAGUGAAAUGUGCCAUAACGGCAAUGGGACGUUUGAGUGCGGAGCCUGCAGGUGUAAUAAGGGCCGUGUGGGGAGGCAGUGUGAAUGCCGGAAAGACGAGGUGUCCACCGAGGACCUGGACAAGAACUGCCGUAGGGACAACAGCACGGACAUCUGCAGCAAUAACGGCGAGUGUGUGUGCGGGACCUGCGAGUGCAAGAAGAGGGAAAAUCCCGAAGAACGUUACAACGGAGAAUUCUGCGAGUGUGACAACUUCAACUGCGACCGCUCCAAUAAUAAACUCUGUGGAGGACACGGGAGCUGUGAGUGUCGGGUGUGCAUCUGUGACACGAACUACACCGGGAGUGCGUGCGACUGCUCUCUGGACACCUCCACCUGCCUAGCCUCCAACAAGCAGGUCUGCAACGGCAGAGGGAUGUGCGAGUGCGGGACCUGCAGGUGCACCGACCCCAAGUUCCAGGGGCCCACCUGCGAGAUCUGCCCCACCUGCCCCGGGGUCUGCACCGAGCACAAGGAGUGUGUGCAGUGCCGGGCGUUCGGCACCGGAGAGAAGAAGGACACGUGUGAGCGAGACUGCGGCUACUUUAACCUGAUCGUGGUGAAGGACCGGGAUAAGCUCCCUCAGCCGGUGCAGGCCUUCCCUCUCAUGCACUGUAAAGAGAGAGACGCCAACGACUGCUGGUUCUACUACACCUACGCCGUCAACAACACCGAGAAGGAGGUGCACGUGGUGGAGGCUUUAGAGUGUCCGGCGGGUCCUGACAUCAUCCCGAUCGUGGCGGGUGUGGUGGCAGGGAUCGUUCUGAUUGGUCUAGCUCUGCUUCUGAUCUGGAAACUGCUCAUGAUCAUUCACGACCGCCGCGAGUUCGCCAAGUUUGAGAAAGAGAAGAUGAACGCCAAGUGGGACACGACAGAGAAUCCAAUUUACAAGAGUCCUAUUAAUAAAUUCAGGAACCCAAACUAUGGACGUAAAGCUGUGGCUCUAUAAGGAGAGAACCCCAUCUACAAGAGCGCUGUCACAACUGUGAUCAACCCCAAAUAUGAAGGAAAAUAAUGACAUUGGUUUCACAUGCAAGAGUGUUUUGGAAGGGAUGAGUGUGCAGAAUUCCUCAGUUUUCCUUUAAAUGGUUUGUUUUUUCUCAUUGUAAUGUCAUUCUUUUAGACCAGUAUUGUAGCUCUGUUUAAGGAAGUAGUAUUUUAUAAAGAACUGGCUGCCUCUCGUCCCUUGCAAACGUGUACAGGUUGUAUAGUCUUUUUAUUUACACCAGUAUUUCUUCUUUUUAGCCCUGCGUACAUUCACACAUCCUCUCUUUUCGAACAGAACAGGUCUUUGUGCCUUUGCAUAAAGUGUUUAAGGGUUUCACUUUAAAUUGUAGUGUAAAGGAACCCUUUUCCCAAAAGAUUGCAAAAUAACAUGCUAUUUUAAAAUAUCAUAUGAUUUUUUUGUUUAUAUUCUAUCUGCAUUCAAACUGCUUCAUCGCUGAUGCUGUCAGUCAUAUGUUUGGCAUAAGAAAACUAUGUGACCAGUGUAUAAGUGAUUUUAUUUUGGGGGUUGAUAAAAGUUUGGUUUAAUAUGCUGAUAAUCUAUGCAUAUUCAUUUACUUUCAGACACAUCAUGCAUUUCAUGCCUUUGUUUUAAGAAAGUGAAAACAGUUAUUUCCCAUGUAUUCUUGCUCAUUAUGGCACGUGUUUUGUGGUCAGCUGCAAAUGUGUAUGUCAUGUGUUAUGAAGGAUUAUAUGUUGAACUAUUAUGUGGCUCUUGACGAG